GUACGUAACGGGAAUACAGAGUCUGAUAGUCUCCCUUUAUAGAUCUUCUUUUGUUUUGACAUUUCAGAACAUGUGGAGUAAAAAUAUUCAGCGUUUCACGCAUUCUCUUAGACUUACAAGACAAGUUAAUGCACAGAGAUGCUGUUGUAUAUCACGAUGCACAAGUUCACAGCUACAAACAUCGCAACACACACAACACAAUCAGACUGAGAAUGAGGCGGAACAGAGGUCAAGGUCGUAUAUGGCAGCUGUACUUGCAGGACUAGGAGUUUCCUUUACAUCAUAUAUGCUUUGGAAUGAAAGAAGGAAACUUUAUGCAGCAGAAAAGCCACAGAAAAACAAUAAAUCUACCUCAGAAAAACAGUCUUCAGGAGAAAAUGCUGUAAACCAGCCCUCAAACAAUGCCCGUGUUAGUGGAGAAUCCGAGCCUGGUAGUAAAGCAACGUCUAAAAACAUAACCACAGAACAAGAUGAUAAAUCAAGAGAAAAAAUUGACUGGUCACUGAUUCCAGAUUUACCCAGUCAUGUCCCAUAUUUACUAAUUGGAAGUGGUAUAGCAUCUAUAGAGGCAUAUAAAGCUAUAAAAACUAAAGAUAUAAAAGCUAAGGUUUUAAUGAUAGGAGAAGAAGAUUAUUUGCCUUACUGGCGUCCACCUUUAUCCAAACAUUUCUGGUUUGAUGAAAAUAAGGAUGCCGUUAAAGAAUUUAAAUAUACUAAUAUGAGAGGGAAAAAAUCUUCUGAACUUUUUGAAUUGUGGAACAUCAGUAUGCCAUCUAAUGCUGAGUUUGGUCUUUUGUUAGUUUUACAGCUAGAUUCUGUCAAUAAAAAAGUUGUAUUGGACAAUGGAUCUGAGAUUUCUUUUGAUAAAUGUUUAAUUGCUACAGGUGGAAGACCAAAGAAUGAUGAAGUGUUAGAGAGAGCAGGGGAAGAUGUUAAAAGUAGAACAACUUUAUUUAGAAAUUACAAUGAUUUAUGGAAGUUAAGUGAAGUGAGUCAGUCUGUGAAAUCAAUAGCUGUGAUAGGAGGUGGAUUUCUGGGUAGUGAAUUGGCUGUAGGUCUUUCUUACAGAGGUUCCUCAUCUGGUCUAAAAGUCUGCCAGCUGUUUCCAGAAAAAGGAAACAUGGCUAAAGUUCUUCCUAGUUUUCUUAGUGAAUGGACAACAGAAAAACUUAGACAAGAAGGAAUUGAUAUUGUAACUGGUAUCAAUAUAAAAUCUGCAGUAUAUGAGAACGGUAAAGUGAAGUUAGGGCUCAGCAAUGGAAAACAUGUAGAAGUAGAUCAUGUGGUGGUUGCUGUUGGUAUAGAACCAAACACAGAUCUAGCUGACAGUGGUAACCUAGAGCUGGAUGAUAAAUUUGGAGGAUUCCGAGUCAAUACAGAACUCCAGGCGCGGUCUGAUAUAUGGGCUGCAGGAGACUGUGCAUCAUUUUAUGAUAUAAAACUUGGUAGACGGCGUGUGGAGCACUUUGAUCAUGCCUCAGUAACUGGUAGAUUGGCAGGUUUCAACAUGGCAGGAGAAAAUAGGCCUUACCAGCAUCAGUCUAUGUUCUGGUCUACUCUGGGAGGAAUUGUGGACUAUGAAGCAGUGGGUUUGGUUGAUUCCAGAUUACAGACUUUCUCAGCUUUUAGAAAAACAUCUCCUGAGGAGGAUUCCAUUGAAAAAGAAGACAAUGCUAAAAGUCAGUCAAAACAAAAUGUAGAUACAGACAAAUCAAAAUCCACUGGGUCCAAGAAGUCUCAGCCAACUGCUAAACCUGUAGAAAAAACACAAAAUUCAGAACAAGAUGACUACAAUAAUGGUGUUAUAUUUUACCUGAGAGAUGGAGAGGUUGUUGGUGUGGUCCUGUGGAACCUGGCUGGCUUUAUGGGAGAUCCGUCACGUCUUGAUAUAGCACGACAGGUGAUAGCUGAUGGAGCUAAAGGAAAAGACUUAACAGAAGUUGCAAAAUUAUUUAAUGUUUAUGCAAAUUGAUAGAAAGUGUAUCUAUGUGACAUUGCAUUAAGUUCUGUGUGAAUUUGAGGGUCCAAGUUCCAGUUGUCAGAAUUCAGAACAUUUAUACAUAUAUUACAUAUGUAUAUCUGUAAAGUUAGAGAGUAUAUAUUGUUAGAGAUAAGCACUUUGUGUGGAUGAAGUAUUCUGGUACAGAAACAUUACAUGCAGGUCAUUUUGUAUGUUGAAAUGUUAGCCGUGUAGUUAGAUGGCAUUAAAAAUGAAACCAC